UUCGGUAACCUGAGGUUUCAUGAUAACCAGAGUCAAUAUUGUGCGAGCGGUUCCCUACAACUCCUACAAAUCGGGAGGCGACCCUCACCCCACACCUGGAACGCAGGAGUGGCCUGGGCAGGGAGGGCUAAGGAAUCUUCACUGCAGCCACUGAGCCACCAGGGCUGCGGGUGAAGUCCUGGCAGGGGAGACUGCAGGCUGAGGAUGGGUGGCGGGUGGCGGCUGGGUCGGCGGGGGCAGUGGGCCUGGCGGACACUCGGGCGCCGAAGGAGUUAAACAGGGCCGGGGGCAGAGCGCCUGUCAGACGCGAGCAUGUGCAGUUUGCACCGCAUCCGUACUAUGGGAACCAGGUUCCUCCAGUUUACAGAGCGCUUGCAUGUGACCAUUGGCUCUUGUCCUGUGGCAGCCCUGCCGUCCAAGAGCUCAGGUCAUUUACCUGGUUGGAAGGCAGAGCCCCAUCUGCUUCUAUGGUCUGACUGAGACAGGAGGUGCAGGACGCUCUGGACUUCUGGGUGAUCCUCCUGCGUCUCUCUGACUGAAGAUGGUGGCCCUGGCCUGACCUCCCCAGCAGCAAGGGUGCGAAAAGCCUUUUCCAUGGACUGAUUGUUCUCCAGAUACACAGGCUGUGAGGUCAAGGUAUGUGUUUCUGUGAAUUCUACGAAAAUUCAGAGCAAAUGAAUCAGGUGGAAUCGGGGGCCUGGAAAUAAUGGUUUGUCGUCAUUGGUCAGAAGUGUUGGUGAAAACCUGCUUGUGACUGGCAUCUGAGGAACGCCUCAGGUGUACUGAUGGAGAAACUGAAAAGAAAUUCUUGUAUGUGUGCAAAAUAACUGGCCAUAGGAUGGACAGAGUAGAUGACACCAUGGAAGACCCGAGGAGACAUGGUCCUUGAAGAUGAAGUUCAGUAGGGAAGCAGCUUGAAGAGACACCUGGAAGCUGCCAGCCAACCAGCCAAGAAUUAGCCGAGCCCUGGGGUGAAUGCUCCUCCACAUCGCUGAGAAUGGCACCAAGGUCUGGUCUGCUACCAAGACAAGGUUAAACCGGGACACAGCUGCGCAGUGAUCCUGAUGUCUGUUCCUAGCCACACGAUCAAGGCUGUGUUAACAGGAGGCCCAAGCUGUCACCAUGGCUUCUGCCGAGCCCCUUACAGCGCUGUCCCGUUGGUACCUGUACGCCAUCCACGGCUACUUCUGCGAGGUGAUGUUCACGGCAGCCUGGGAGUUCGUGGUGAAUUUUAACUGGAAGUUCCCAGGGGUCACCAGCGUGUGGGCCCUCUUCAUCUAUGGCACCUCCAUCCUGAUUGUGGAGCGCAUGUAUCUGCGCCUGCGCGGCCGCUGUCCUCUGCUGGUACGCUGCCUCAUCUACACGCUCUGGACCUACCUGUGGGAGUUCACCACCGGCUUCAUUCUGCGCCAGUUCAACGCCUGUCCCUGGGACUACUCCCAGUUCGACUUUGAUUUCAUGGGUCUCAUCACCCUGGAGUACGCUGUGCCCUGGUUCUGUGGGGCCCUCAUUAUGGAGCAGUUUAUUAUCCGCAACACCCUCCGCCUACGCUUUGACAAGGACGCAGAGCCCGGGGAGCCUGCGAGUCCGCCAGCCCUGGCCAAUGGCCACGUCAAGACCGACUGAGUGAGAAGACUAAUGUGAAGACCUAAGGUCUCUUCUAGGAACUCAAGGACAGAGACCAAGCUGGUGGGGGUUAUCCCUUGGUUCAGCACAAGCCCUGCCCCCACCUGGGCCUCAGCCCAGGAGGGCAAACGCAACCACAUACGGUGGGCAGUAGGAUGGUGGUGGGAAGUUGGGUGUUCAGACAGCGGAAGGACACUGGGGCUGGUCCAUGGCUCUCCACCCAUCCUGGGGGCUAGGGCCUGGGCAAUAAACAACUGGACUUCAUGGA